AUGACAACUCCCACAACUCAAUUCAACCUACCGUCUCUCGAUUCUGCUUAUAAUUUUUCUGCGAUUCAACAACAAUAUCUAGUACCUUCUCCACCGUCUCCACAUUCUCCUCAGCAAGUUACUGUAACAGCUGCUGCUCUUGCUUCUUACGUACAAGCUUAUAAUAGUCCUCCUCAACAACAACAAGAAGUUUAUUCUCCUCAACAUUCAAUUCAUACUACUGAUUUAUACGCUACUGCUUAUCCCUCACCGCGUGUUGACGAUUCUUCAAAUAACAGUGUAAUGAUGGCUGAUAGUUCUCCGAGUUCUUCUCCUCCUUCUUUCGCUGGUGAUAAUAAGCCCGUGAUUAAUGGUGGUGAUGGUUAUCCUUCGAAUUCGGCGUUUAACACGGCCCCUUACCCGUCGACCUCAACCCCGUCGUUUUCUAAUGAGUCUUCCUCUGCUAACAGUUCUCCCGAACAAUGGAGUAAUGGUACCGCACCUUUUCCUUUCGGUUCUUACACAAAACAACAACCAAAAGGUUUCGAUGAACGUGCUAUAGAUCCUGCUUUCUUCACAGAUCCUUCCAUGAUUAAACCUUCUGGCCCGAACACCGCUACCCCGAUCGCUUAUUAUCCUCCGGUGAGUUACGAUCGAACUGGUAUUCCUCAUCACCCUGCGAAUUACCAAACACAACAGGACUAUCCGGUAAUGGCUGGUCGAUAUAACAAUGGUACUAUAACCGUCAUGCCAUCCGUAAAUGGUAACGGCACGUCCUCCAAAUCACAGUCCCAACAAAAUCCACCAAGACCUCCUCCGGUUCCUGCUCCUCAAGCCAUGAUGACCACCUUCAGUUCAAAGACCGUAUCAUCCACUCCAAAAAGAUACAAGUGUAAUAUCUGCCAGAAAAGGUUCACUAGACCAAGCUCAUUACAGACUCACACAUAUAGUCAUACCGGUGAAAAAC